AUGGACGGCCUGCUCAUCGACUCCGAGGACAAAUACACGCUGAUCACGAAUGAGAUCCUGGAAGAAUAUGGCAAGCCCAAGUUACCCUGGACGAUCAAGGCGCAAUUGCAGGGGCGACCGGCGCCAGAGGCCAGCAGGAUCUUCCAUGAGUGGGCCAAACUGCCCAUCUCACCCGCGGAAUUCGCCGAGAAGCAAGUCGCCCUGCAAGAGAAACACUUCCCUACCACGAAGCCUCUGCCCGGCGUUGUCAAACUCCUGAAAGACCUACAGUCGACCCUGAGCACGGACCAGCCAGUGUAUGUCGCGCUCGCGACGUCAUCACACAGCAAGAAUUUCAAGCUCAAGACGGAUCAUCUGCAGGACGUGUUCAGCGUCUUCCCUGAGUCCAGGCGGGUCCUGGGCGAUGAUCCCCGGAUCGGAAAGGGCCGCGGCAAGCCCUUACCGGAUAUCUACCUGAUCGCGCUCGAGACCAUAAACGCGGAGCUGCGACAGAAAGGCGAGAAGGAGAUCCAGCCAAGCGAAUGCCUGGUGUUUGAGGACUCCGUGCCCGGGGUGGAGGCCGGUCGCAGGGCGGGAAUGCAAGUCGUCUGGUGCCCGCACAAGGAUCUCCUGCAGGAAUACAAGGGGCGAGAAGAAGAGGUCUUGGCCGGGUUGACAGGGGAGCAUAAAGAGGAGGAAAAAUCCGACCCCGAGAAAGAGGCCCAUUCGUUGCAGGCUGAGCGAGUGUCUCACGGGUAUGGGUCUGGGAAACCGGGUGAGAUCGGGGACGGAUGGGGUCAGUUGCUUUAUACCCUGGAGGAUUUCCCGUAUGAAAAGUACGGCAUUGUCAUUCCGUAG